AUGUCUUCGCAUUACACGACCGAACCUCCUCCGACUGCGUCAGUCCUUGUCCAUACCACCGCUGGCCCCCUCACAAUAUCCCUGUUCGCGAGUCAAACACCUCUCACAUGCAGAAACUUCCUGCAGCAUGUUCUCGAUGAGGACUACAACAACAACAUCUUCCACCGCGUCUCCCCAGGUUUUGUUAUCCAGACAGGCGAUCCCAGCGGAACCGGGGAAGGAGGACAAAAUAUAUAUGAGGACCGGGAAUUCGAGCGAUACGACGAAGACUGGGCUCGGUUGACGGGGCGAGAAGAAGGCGAGAAGAUUGUCUUCGGAGAUGAAGUCCACAGCCGGCUGAGGUUCAAUAGGAGAGGGUUGGUGGGUAUGGCCAAAGGCACCGGCGACGGCGCGGGAUAUGGCAGUCAGUUCUUCAUCACGCUUGGAGACUGCAGAGCUGAACUCGAUGGCAAGUGUACCAUGUUCGGCCGAGUGGAGGGUGAUGGCAUCUACAAUGUGGUCAAAAUCGCCGAAGGCGAGCUGUUGGAGGGAAGCGAGCGACCAAUGUACCCGGACAAGAUACUCCGGGUCGAAAUCAUCGAGAUGCCUAAGGGCGACGCAUGGCAGAAGAUGCGGAAAAGGAACAAAAUUGCGGCACGCAUUGUGGAAGCCCCCCCGAAGAAAAAGGUACCCAAGAAAAAGGGCGGGAAGACCUUGUUGAGCUUUGCCGGAGAUGAAGGCGAGGAUGACGCUGGAGCAGUUGCGGUGCGACCAAAGAAAGCAAAAUUCAAUCCCACCCUAAUCGAAGGUGAGGACGCCCCUGAGUCGAAGCCCAAGAUAAAUGGCACUGCCCCUAAACCUGCGUCGACCGCGAAGCCGCAACGACGAUCCCCUUCACCCACGGUUCCGCAGAAGCGGAAGGCAAGUGUUUCAGCGUCGACCAAAUCGCCAUCACCGGUGCAGCGCCGGAAGCCAUCGUUCCAUGACCCGUUAACUCAACUCCCGCUUCGAGACCCAGAAUCGCCAUCUCGCUCGCCCACACCGGAAGAACAACCGUCAGCAGUCAGAACCUCUGCACUAGAAGCUGAGAUCGCGGCCCUGAAAGCAUCCAUGCGCCGGAACGUUGACACUAAUGCCAAUAGCUCCACUGCUAAGAAGUCGGUGUUGGAAUCUCUCAUCCCGGCCACAAGCACGAGGGGUCGCAAACGGCCUCGCCCCGGCGAAUCCAAUGCACGAGACGAGGCCAAGGCGCUGAAAAUGCUGAACGCCUUCAAAGCACGGCUGGAGUCCGCCGACGCACAACAGGGCAAUAAAGCUCACUCCUCGAAGCCCGCCAACGGCCACAAAGACCACAACAACCCCUCAUCCACUCCUUCAGAUCUUGUCGCGGCGACCGCCUCGCCUUCCUCCAAACGAAACGAGGGCGACGGCGACGACGAAGAGGCCACUCUGUGCGACCUGCAUUUCAUCGCAAACUGCCAAUCGUGCUCGAAGUGGGACGACCCGACCAACGCCGAGGCCGACGAGUCCGACGACGACGCGCAGUGGAUGAGCCACUCGCUGUCGUUCGCCAAGGACCGGCUGGGCAAGGACCUGAAUUGGAAGAGGAAGAACGAAGAGGAGUUGGUGGUCAUUGAUCCGCGGGAGAAGGAGAAGGAGUUGAAGCUGGGGCGGAGGCGGGAGAGAGAUAAAGACAGAGACAAGGGGAAAGGCAAGGCCAAGGAGAAACCGUGGUAG